CACACAGUGAAAUAUGAUCGGCGCUCUUUCGACUGCAGUUGAACCUAACUCUUCUCCAGUUCAGGGAUGAUCCGUGAGGAGAAAGGAAGAGGUUUUCAGUGGACUACUUUCCGUAGUUGUCAUUCUGCCCAGAGAACAGAAAAGUUGCAGCUUUAGCAGCCGACUGCCACAUCACACGCUACCUUCGUGCCCUUUUGGCUUCUGCUCUCAAACAUGCAUUUGGGUUACGGGAUUUAUGUGUUGUUUCAUUUACUAACGCAUAGUUGUUGGUGCGCCCCGCAGCAGACUUGUCAGCCGGGAGACGUGUUAUUAGGAAGAUGCAGAAACGAUGUGUUUGAAGAAAAACCUACCUGUACAGCGCUGAAUCUGGGCUACUGUAAUGAUAUGGAAUAUUCUAGAACCAUGUUCCCGAACAUCCUUGGCCACAGGAGUCAUUCUGAGGCAGAGUCAGGGGCAGAGUACCUUCUCCUAAGUGUCAUCCAUGGCCUACUCCAGGGGGAGUGCUCCCCAGAGAUUCGUCUUGUAGGCUGCUCUGUACUCGCCUCACCUUGCAAGGAUAACAAGAUGAUUAAACCCUGCCGCAGUACUUGUGAAGCAUUGAGGAAGGACUGUUUCCAUGCCUUUGAAGCCAUUGAAAUGGCUUGGCCCUACUUCCUAGACUGUGAUCGCUUCUUUGCCAGUGACCAGGAGGGCUGCUUUGAUCCACUAGUUAGGCUGAAAGCCAGACAGGAGCUAGCAUUCUCUCCUGAAGAACCCACCACAAUAAUCCAGUUCACCUACACUUCCAACACCCAGAUGUACAGUUUAUUGAAGAGAACAGCUGCCAAGUGCUCCCAUGUGUCUAAUGUCUACAGUAUUGGACGCAGCACAGAAGGCAGGGAUCUAUUGGCUAUUGAAUUCUCUAACAACCCAGGACACCAUGAGCUAUUGGAGCCAGAGAUCAAGUUGGUGGGAAAUAUGCACGGCAAUGAAGUGCUGGGACGCCAACUGCUCAUCUACCUGGCCCAGUAUCUGUGUUCAGAAUACAUUCUGGGGAACCAUCGAAUUCAGACCCUUAUCAACACUACCCGCAUACACAUUCUGGCCUCCAUGAAUCCAGAUGGCUAUGAGCUGGCUGCCUCAGAGGUAGAAGAUAACAAUGACCCGGAGAUCAGCAACCAGGAAGGUCACUUGUUGAAUAGUUGGACAAAUGGAAGGACCAAUGCCCAGAAUAUUGACCUCAACCGCAAUUUUCCAGACCUCACCUCCAUUUUGUACCGGAACCGCCGCAGCAGGCAUUACCGCACUGACCAUAUCCCAAUUCCUGAUGCAUACUGGUUUGGCAAGGUGGCACCGGAGACCCAUGCAGUUAUGAAAUGGAUUCGGUCACUGCCUUUCGUUCAGUCUGCCAGCCUUCAUGGUGGGGAGCUGGUUGUCUCUUAUCCCUUUGACUUCUCAAGACACCUACAUGAGGAGAGAAUGUUCUCCCCCACUCCAGAUGAGCAGGUCUUUAAGCAGCUGGCUCGUACCUACGCAGAUGCCCAUGCUACCAUGUCAAACAACGACACUGAGAGGUGUGGAGCCUCUUUUUACCGAAAUAGGGGCAUCAUCAAUGGGGCAUUGUGGUAUAGUUUUGCUGGUGGUAUGUCAGACUUCAACUACUUGCACACAAAUUGUCUAGAGGUCACCGUGGAGCUCGGCUGUGAAAAAUUCCCCUCAGAGGCAGAGCUUUACCCAGAAUGGAAAAGAAAUAAGGAAGCUCUGCUCAGUUUUCUGGAGUCUGUCCAUCGGGGGAUAAAAGGUGUAGUUAAGGACACUGGAGGAAAUGGAAUAAAAGGUGCCACUAUCUCUGUCAGGGGGAUUAGGAAAGAUGUAACCACAGCCGAAGAUGGAGACUACUGGCGGCUGCUGAACCCUGGUACUCACAUCCUGACGGCCACAGCUAAAGGUUAUUCCAGGGUCAGCAAGAGGGUUCAUCUGCCUCAAAACAUGAACAGGGCUGGACGUGUUGACUUUGUCUUGGAGAAGGUACCUGUGGAUCCUGAUUUUGGCCACCACUUCUUCCCGACAUUAGAUACAUGGGAUCGAUUUGACCCAUAUAACCAGUUUGAACGCUACGGCGAACAAGAUGUGGAGGGGGGGAUAGAGCGGCAGGAGAAACCAUGGUGGUGGAGCUACUUCUCCCAGUCAGGAAUUUCACCCCCACACUGGUUGCUGCGAAAUGUCUAGAUGCUUUACAGCACAUAAAGACACCAGCAUACCAUGAGGAGAAUGGUGAUGGGAAAGUCCACCUACAGUUCCGCUUGAGCUUUCAUAGAUUUCUAGGCAACAAGAGCUAUGGCACUGAAAUUACUGUAACUGAAUUAGGCUUUAGAGCUUCCUGGAAUGAUAUGAAUCAACUUUGGUCAGACCAGGCUAAAAGUAAUAAUUUUGUCCUGUGUGUGGUAUUUUGACCAAAAGUCCUAUGCAGCUGUAUUUAAAAAAUAACCACUUGGAUGUAAAUGAGUUAUAUAUGCAUCAAAUAUUUACCUUGCUUAAGACAUUCACAGUCAAAAAUCACGCCAUGGAUUUAUGUGAAUGUUGGGAUUACAGAUUACAAUUACUUUAGAUACAAUUUUUGAUGCAAAUGUUGCUUGGAUAAAUAAUGAAUUUAGAUUUUUAUCGUCCAAUUGUUUGUUAUGUGUACAUGUAAAAUGAUGUUACAGGUCCUAUAAAUGGCAAAUAACAACUGUUCAUUUAAUACAUACAAAACCUGUUACAACAUCUAACAUUUAGUACCACAUUAAAUAAUGUUUAUUGAGGCUCUACUAGGACCAUUUACAAUAGAAAUGUUUGCAAUGUUUUUUUCACAAGUAUACAAAUGUAUUCCUUUGCUUUUUUGCACAUGUGUAUGAAGUUAAAAUUAAAGUUGAUAAUGAUUGGGCACCUAGUUGGUCAUAAGAAUUUGGAUGUUUGACAAAUUUAUUUGACACAAACAGAUCUCACUAUUUUUGUUAUUAAUUUGCCAGUUUAUUCAUGUAAUUGGGACAUGCUAAUGCUCUGUUGAGGUAUAUAAAUCUACUCUUUGAGAUUUACGUUGAAGACUUGUGGAAAACUACACUGUAAACCCAAACCAAAUUAUAAUUUGCUUGUUACUUAUUUUUUAAACCUCUUCUAUUUACAGGACUGUUAGCGUAGCCAUGCAGUAGCCUGCAGUUGGCUGAACUUGCAUCAAACGAAGUUGUAUUGAGUUAUCAGUGUAACCCCUACUGUCUUUUGCGUUUACCUUUCCCCUCUCCUCUCUUCCAAACCCUUCCACAGCAAAACCGAAAAAUGUUUGAUAUACAUAGUUUUUAAAUUGAGAGUAAAAAUAUAGUCAUUUCAGCAUUUGUAGAGUCUAAUUUUACUACAUGAUGGUUAUUCUUAAAUAGGGAUGACCCCAUAUAGUCGACUCUUCAAUGAUUCCUUCAAAAGAGCCUUAGUCGACAGCCAAUCUCUCAGUCAAACGUGUUUAUGAAACACGGAUCCUUCCAUUGCAGCUAUAUGGGGGUGUUUAAUGUCUAAUUUUACAUAGGUUUGCCUGUCUUAUCCAAAUAAAUCAUGACUCAUAGCCCAA